AUGAAACUUUUUUCAUACAUAUUUGUAAGUGUUUUAGUCAUUUCAUUGAUGAAACCAAAUGGAAAGAAUGAAGUCGAGGCUGAGCCUCUAGUUGGAUUAAUUGGAGGCUUACCAAUUGUUGGAAGUUUAUUGAAAGGCAGGCAAUUACAAAGUGGUGGACAAUCUAAAAAUGAAGCAUUGACAUGGAAUAACCUUUCAGACUUUGCUAAGUCAAUAAAGGAAAAAAAUAAUGUUGCACAAGAAAAUAAUUAA